CGUAACACCAGCUCUAAAACCGUGAAGUAGGAGCGCCUCUCUCACUCCUUACUUCCGCUUCCUUCAAGUAAGGAGUCCGUGCCUCCCCCAUUUUUCUCAGCCAGGCGACAGCGGCGUAGGCUUGAGAUGUUUGGCCUCAAAAGAAACGCAGUAAUUGGACUGAACCUCUACUGUGGGGGUGCCAAGCUGGGGGCCGGCAGCGGCGGCAGCGGCGCUUCCCCUUCGGGAGACCGGCUUCUGCCUGCGGGGAAGGAGGCCACAGCCCGGCGAGAGGCAGGGGGAGGGGAAGCGGGCGCGGUGAUUGGCGGAAGCGCCGGUGGGAGCCCCCCAGCCACUCUCGCGCCCGACGCCCGGAGGGUCGCGCGGCCCUCGCCUAUUGGCGCCGAGGGCCCCGACGUCAUCGCGACCCCCGUGAGGCGGCUGUUCGCGUCCGUCCGCCGCGCGUCGCCGCCUGAAGAGAUGGAAGCCCCGGCCGCCGACGCCAUCAUGUCGCCUGAAGAGGAGCUGGACGGGUACGAACCGGAGCCUCUUGGGAAGCGACCGGCGGCCCUGCCCUUGCUGGAGCUGGCCGGGGACGCCACUAAUGUCCCCCGUGCCGGUGGCUCCCUGCCCUCGACGCCGCCCCCGGCAGAGGAGGAGGAGGAGGACGAGUUGUUCCGGCAGUCGCUGGAGAUUAUCUCUCGGUACCUGAGAGAGCAGGCGACCGGCGCCAAGGACGCGAAGCCCAUGGGCGGCUCUGGGUCCGCCAGCCGGAAGGCGUUGGAGACCCUGCGGCGAGUCGGGGACGGCGUGCAGCGAAACCACGAGACGGCCUUCCAAGGUAUGCUUCGGAAACUGGACAUCAAAAACGAGGACGACGUCAAAUCUUUGUCUCGAGUGAUGGUUCAUGUUUUUAGCGAUGGAGUAACAAACUGGGGCAGGAUUGUGACUCUCAUUUCUUUUGGUGCCUUUGUGGCCAAACACUUGAAGAGUAUAAACCAGGAAAGCUGCAUUGAACCAUUAGCGGAAAGCAUCACAGAUGUUCUCGUAAGGACAAAACGAGACUGGCUAGUCAAACAAAGAGGCUGGGAUGGGUUUGUGGAGUUCUUCCAUGUAGAGGACCUAGAAGGCGGCAUCAGAAAUGUGCUGCUGGCUUUUGCAGGUGUUGCUGGAGUAGGAGCUGGUUUGGCAUAUCUGAUAAGAUAGCCUUUUAAGUGAAAUAAUUGACUCUUAACCAACUCCAGGCACCAAAUCCACAUCCAUCUGCUGUGAAAUCGGUGUAUUUGUGAAGUUGGACUUGAAGCUGUCCAGGCUGUAACCUCCAAGCAACGUAGAAAAGCAAGUGGCAAGAGGAUUAUGGUUUAACAGGAAUAAAUAACAUGGGAAAAGUCGUUCCCCUUGAAGAGUUACUGUCUGAAAGAAGCAAAGUUCGGUUUCAGCAACAGGCACACUUUGGGAGGCCAUGGAGGAGGACUUUUAGAUUUAGUGAAGAUGGUAGUGGGGAGAGAGACUUGAUAUCCUUGUCUAGAACAGGAGAGUGGCCAGUAGCCAGGCUAGUCAUAUAGAGUUCAUUCAAUAUGCCCACUGAACUCGUUAACUUCCUAUAGUGUUAAAAGAGAAGCACUAACAAUGCCAGUGAAAAUGUGUAAAGUGGAUUUAAGCUACAAUAGAACUAUGACUAGAAGCCUCAGUACUGUACAACAAGAGUGAAGGGAAGCUUUUUCCUCUAUAAUUAGCUUUCCCAGGUAUGCUUCUUGAAGAAUAGAAAGGCCAAGUCUACUUUGGCUUGGUUUGAAUGAUUUAGUUUAUUAGCCUUGUAAUGGCCGAGAAUACUUGACUUAAGGCUCAAUAAUUGCAAUUACAAAUAUGGAAUAUCCUCAAGUUUUAAGAUGAAAACAACUUGUAAAUGUAUUUGUCUGUAAAAAUUGUAUAUAUUUUUACAGAAAGUCUAUUUCUUUGAAAUGUAAAGGGAGGGGAAAAUUGAAUUCCAUUAGUUUUUUCAUACCCUUUUGAAAUUUACAACUUCUGAAGUUAGAACCUAUUUCUUAACAGUUUUUCUAAAUGUUGUUCUGGUCAAUUCUAGAUUGUAUACAGAACCUAUUGAUGUAAUUGUAUGCAACCUUGUUGUGGUAGAACAAUUCUGAUUCAUAACUAUGCAGGCUUUAAUUUUCCUAUCUAAUUUUGGUAAGUAUUCUUCAUAGGGCUUUUUUUCCUGUUUUUUUUUUGUUUU